AUGGCUGUUAUUAUCGUAACCGGUGCUAACGGGCUGCAAUUCAUCAAGUUGCCGCAGAUUGCACAAAAGAAGGGAUUUAAGAUGCAAGCGAUUUGGUUGGAGCAAAUUCCCAGCAAGGUUGGCCCGGAUAAGCGGGCUAGUGAAUCGUUGAAGCUUGUUCUUAUUUGCGCGAUAUUUGAGGUUAUCUCAUAUAGUCUUAUAUAG